CUGCCGCCGCUGCCGCAAGAACUUUGCAGCAGAGAGAGGCAAGCGAAGCGCGCAAACGUCGCUCCGAGCUUCUCUUGGGGAAAGGCGCUCGGCGAAGGAUCAGAGCGACCCUUGCUCCCCAAGCUGGCUUGCUAAGGGGAGGAAAGCCCCGCAUCCAGGGUCCCCCUCCAGAAAAAAAGGGGGGAGCCAUGCGCUCGCCAAGCCCGCCGGGGAACGUCCUCGCCCUUUGGGUGGCACUGCUGUGCAUCAAGAUAGCGCGCUCCGAGCAAGAAUGUCAUCCAGGUGGUCAUCAGAUCCUUCACAGUCCAUACCGGAGUGUUGAUUUUGAUUCAUCACAACUUCAACAGUCAUCCAUUCAGGACUUAAUAUGUGAUCAUUCAUUGGCAGCAGGGUGGUACCGCUUCCUAAUUUUCGAUAAACAGGCUGAAAUGCCAACCAAGUGUGUGGAGAUGAAUCACUGUGGGACACAGGCCCCUGUCUGGCUGUCUCUGAGAGAAUUUGAAUCUAUGCCUCAACCUGGUGAGAUCAAACACUUAACAGCCUGUGCAACUUGGCAGUUUUUCUUCAGCACCACAAAGGACUGCUGCCUUUUCCGAAUUCCUGUGAGUGUGAGGAACUGUGGAGAUUUCUUUGUAUACUUGCUCCAGCCCACACAGGGGUGCAUGGGAUAUUGUGCAGAAGUUAUUUCAGGUGCAGAACUGCAUGCCUGCCAGCCUGGGGAGACAGGAACCACAUGUAGCAAUAAAUUGGCUUCUUCAUGGUUGCCACUUCCUUCACCACCCCAUCCAAGCAUACCUGAAAUUGUGGCAGUGUUACUCGAAGGCAGCAUUUUCUUAAGGUGCACCUUUGAUGUUCCUACCACAAACAUGUCUGUGGGCUUUCUAGUGGCUUGGUCCAGACUGUCUCCUGAAAGCAUCAAAGAAGAACUGAAACAAGAGACGACAAUUCAGGCCUUCUCGCUUUUAGAACUGGAUGGUAUAAACCUCAGACUUGGAGACAGGAUUUACUGUAGCAGUUCCACCUUUUUCUUAGAGAAACCAGAAAUGCAGAGUUCACUCAUUGAGAGCAAGGAAUUUUUUGCAGGAAUUAAGCUGCAUCCUGAGGCAUUUACCAUAUCAGAAGAUGGAAAGGAAUACAGACUGACAAUAGAGAGCAAAAUUCCCAUUCCUUGUCCUCAAGCUAGUCAGCUGGGAAAUGACUGCAAAAUCUCAUUAAAAUUAAAUACAAUAGAGGAAGGUGAAGCUCUGCAGAGCUUAAACGUGGCUCUUUCUUCUUGUCGCGUGGCUCUUCUUCAGCAUCCCUGCCACAAUGGAACGUGUGGCCAAGCCAGCGUCCAUUACACUGCAGUGACUGAUUUUAUCCGUGAUGGAGACCGAGUAACCAGGAUUGCGGUGGAACCUAUUGUUAGCAACAACUUCCUGUGGAACAGCUACACGCCAGAAAGCAUUCAGGUUACUGUGAAGGAUCUUCCAUCUGCCUAUUGCUACUCUUUUACCGAUCCACAUAUUAUUACCUUUGAUGGCAGGAUGUACGACAAUUUUAAAACAGGAACAUUUGUGCUGUACAGUAGUACUUCCCGUGAUUUUGAAGUCCAUGUGCGCCAGUGGGACUGUGGAAGCCUGUAUUACCCAGCAUCAUGUAACUGUGGUUUUGUUGCCAGAGAAGGGGCUGAUACAAUAGCAUUUGACAUGUGCAGCGGCGAGCUGCGUGAUUCCCAGCCACACUUAUCUGUGAAGAGCAGAGAUUCAGCAAACAGCAAUGUCAGGAUCACUGAAUCAUAUUUAGGAAGAAAAGUCACGGUCUUGUUUUCUUCUGGAGCUUUCAUCCGAGCCGACGUGAGCGAAUGGGGAAUGAGUCUAACUCUCAGAGCCCCCAGUUCAGAUUAUAAACACACACUGGGACUUUGUGGAACAUUUGAUGGCAUUGCGGAGAAUGAUUACCAUGAUGUGGAUGGAACUGAAAUCACUGGAGGAACUGAUGCCUAUAUCUCUUUUAUUAAUGAAUGGAGGGUUCCACCAGGAGAGAGCCUCUUUGAUAAAACACUGGAUCCGUCAACUCCAGCCAAAGAAAUGCUUUUCUGCAAUUGCAGUGCUGGGGGCGUGGGAGCAGAUCAGCCGAGGAAUAAACUGAAUUCUGUUUCUGAGGCUGAAUUAGCUUGGCCUUGCAGAAGAAGCCAACACAAUAGUUGGCUUCCUUCUCUGAUCCCUGGGCUGGAUGUCACUGCUGAGUACAUUAGUUCAGUUGAUCAUAUCAGAGGCUUGAGGAAACGUGCUUCUGUGCUCGAAGAGGUUUCUUCUGCUCUUCCCUCCAGAGAGGGACACUCUCUGAAUCAAAGAGCUCUUCAAUCAGCAUCCCCGGAACAUACAGCUGUCUUUCCAAACACAAAGGCAGGCUUUGCAACAGAUGAACAAGCUGUUGGGAGCCCGGUUGCUGACCGCUACACUGACAUGUUGGGCAGUCAGCAGCACCCCAGAAGACAUUCUGCCCAAAAGCAUCCAAAGCGCCAGCAUUACUAUGAGUACCUUUCUGUAUUUCCAUCCCAGAGCCUAAGCCAAACAGAUCUGGAUGGGUUUAGUUAUUUCUUCCCAGAAGAUCACAUGGCUGACCCAUUCCAAGAGCCUGUGUCCUCAUGGCCCACACCUUCUGGCCUCACCGAGUCCGACGCGUUGGAUCUUUGUCAGGAGACAGUUGCCAAUUCCAGCAUUGGGAGAGCUUGUAAGGCUCUCCUUGGCCAAUGGGUGGAGGAUGUAGUACACCUCUGUGUCAAGGAUCUACAACUGAAGGACGAUCUCAUCUGGGCAAAGGCAGGUUUGGCCGUGCUAGAAAACGAAUGUGAAAAGAGAGUUUUGGAAGAAGUUAAUUACCACAAGGAAGAAAACAAGAAAUUAGUUGAGGACAUGCUCUCAGCGCUGAAGUGCCCCAGCCGCUGCAGCGGAAGAGGUCAUUGCGUUGAGUGGGGCUGUGCUUGUUUUCAAGGCUUCAGUUCGUACGACUGCAGCAUGUCAUCCGAUCAGGUUCCAGAAAUCAUAGAGCUGGAUAACGGAGGAUUAUGUGAUGUCCAGCAAUAUGACUGCACAACUGUAAGAGCUUUUGGCUAUGGAUUCAUGGCAUCGCCAGACCUCAGAUGUGAAAUUAACAAGUUGCAGUACAGUGAUAAUAAAUGGGUGCUUAGGGAAUCUGUAUUCAUCCGUGCGGCCUUCCACAACACCAGAACCGUUGAUUGCCAACUUCCCACUAAAGGAUAUCAAACGGAUGCUUUGGAUCUUGUGGAUGACCAGCCCAUUGCAAGGUGGCAAAUUAAGAUUUCUAAUGAUGGGUUCACUUAUAGCAACCCUAAAACAGUGACUUUAUUUGACGGAGCUUGUCAGAUAUGUGAUCCACAGUCAAACGGAUUAUGCAUGUUAAAGGAGAAAACAUGCAACAUAGAUGGACUUUGUUAUGGUGAAGGGGACACAAAUCCCACCAGCCCCUGCUUACUCUGCAGACCUGAAAUAUCAAAGUUAACUUGGUCAAUUGCUGAAAACAAUCAGCCUCCUGUACUUCAGAAUGUGCAAAAAAGGCUGCAGACCUUUUUCGGAGAGGAUUUUGUGUAUCAGUUCACAGCAACAGAUGCAGAAGGCUCUGCCGUUGCUUUCUUGUUGAAUUCUGGCCCUCCGGGUGCCAGUCUUUCUUCCACUGGACUCCUGAUAUGGAAGGCAAUGUCAAAAAAGACUCAGCAGUUUACCUUUUCUGUGACAGAUGACUGCAGUGCCAUAACCAAAGUUGUAAUAGAGGUCAACAUGAAGCCAUGUGACUGCUUAAAUGGUGGCUCCUGUGUGACAAAUACCAAUUUCCCUCCUGGAAGUGGGAAAUAUCUGUGCAUUUGCUUGCCAGGAUUUGAAGGUAGACAUUGCCAAGAAGACCCUGAUAAAUGCAAAUCCAGGCCAUGCUUCCCAGGAGUAGCUUGCUUCAAUACUAUUGAUUCUUAUUAUUGCGGCCCAUGUCCCAGUGGCCUGUACGGAGAUGGGAAAAGAUGCUAUGCUGAAAUAAAGCCAAAAAGCAAGGGUGUCUCCCAUCCUUUGACCCCAGAAGAUGCAUAUAGCAAACAAGACCACCAUGAAAGGACUGGAGUGAAAGUGGGCAAAAAUCUUAGUGUAGAUCAAGGACACAGAAUUGUUGGUGCUCAUAGUGACAAAAGUGUCUCUGAUUUCCUGCAACUGUCAACUGCGGAAGUUCCAAAUACCACAAACUUUCCUCGUAAUCCUACAAAUGUUCCCAGAAAUUUCAUUCCCACAGAAAUAGCCAGCAGCACUUUGUCCGUUUCGGUGGCCAAAACAACCAUGACUUCACAUUUAUUCAUUUCACAGAGAACAGCUUUUAGAAAGCUUGUUAGUAGCGGAUACCCAGAUUAUGCACUAGGUGUGAAUACUGUAAACAUACAUUCUGGCAACACAAAGAAAGAGUCAGCAGUAAAUUCUGCAUCUGACAUGUCACUUAGGAAUACGGUAAUUGCUCCUGAGAAGACAGCAGCAACACAAGACCAGACCUAUUCUCCCCUAGAAACCAGUGUAACACUGAGCAGCAGAGCUAACAUGAUCAAUGAGACAUUACUAACAAAGAAAGAACUGGGAGGAGGAAAUGGUGACAAAUUCCAAAAUCCAUUCAGCCAGCGUAAGGCCAAUGCUUUGCAGACCACCUUUGAGAGGUUUGCUAUGACACCCAAAGGGCCUGUCACAGAUCAAAAAUCAGGUACUGCACCAACUGUCCCCCGCUUACUAACCUGUGCAGAUUUACCCUGUUUCCGUGGGGUUCCUUGUGAGCCAAGUGAAAAUGGAAGCUUCAGAUGUGGUCGUUGUCCUUUUGGUUAUUAUGGAGAUGGUGUCAUUUGUAGAGCAAUAUGCAGGCACACGUGCGGUCAAAACAUGGAAUGUGUGGCACCCAAUACAUGCAGAUGUAAGCCUGGUUACUCUGGCCUUAGUUGUCAGGCUGCUGUAUGUCGGCCAGAGUGCAAAAACCAUGGGAAAUGCACCAAGCCUAAUGUAUGUGAAUGCCUCCCGGGAUUCAGUGGUUCCAUCUGUGAUGAAGCACAUUGCAACCCUCCUUGCCAACAUGGAGGAACAUGCCUGGCUAGAAACCUUUGCACUUGUCCAUACGGGUUUGUGGGUCCACACUGUGAAACAAUGGUUUGCAACAGGCAUUGUGAAAAUGGCGGCAGAUGUCUUACCCCAGAUGUCUGCCAGUGCAGAGUUGGCUGGAAUGGACCUACGUGUAGCACAGCGGUGUGUGACCCAGUGUGUCUCAAUGGUGGAUCCUGUAUUAAACCAAACAUUUGCCUUUGCCCAAAUGGAUUUUUCGGUGUCUAUUGUCAGAAUGCCAUCUGCAAGCCUCCCUGUAAGAAUGGCGGCCACUGUAUGAGAAAUAAUGUUUGCACCUGUCCUGAUGGCUAUGUUGGCAGACGGUGUGAAAAAAGUAUCUGUGACCCCGUGUGCAUGAACGGAGGAAGAUGCGUGGGGCCAAAUAUUUGCUCCUGCCCAUCAGGGUGGAGAGGCAAAAGAUGUAACGCACCUAUAUGCCUUCAGAAGUGCAGGAAUGGAGGAGAAUGUAUUGGGCCAAGUACUUGCCAUUGCCCUCCAGGAUGGGAAGGAGUUCACUGUCAAACACCUGUGUGCAACCGGAAAUGUCUAUACGGAGGUACAUGUAUACUGCCUAAUGUAUGCACUUGUCGUCCUGGCUACACUGGAGUCAUAUGUGGGGGAAAAACCCAGGUACAAGGACGUCAUGCUUGAAGAAUAAAUUUAUCUGCAUCAAAUAAUCGUGCUGGAUGGACUCCAGGGCCGAG